AUGGUUCCAUUAUUUGUCUAUGGAGAUGCUUCAUCGGGCAAAAUAAGCACGAUACUUGAGAUUUUCAAGCACAUGAAGUGCCCAUUUAUUUAUAGCAAUUGCAUCACCUGCUACAAUCCCAGGAUACUAUUUGAAUCUAUCUUGAACCAGCUUUUACUUCUUAGGAAGAAUGAAAAUGAUGGAUAUUCAAGUGCAAAGCGCUGUGAAAAGCCCUCUGAUUUUGUAAAUCUUUUACAUGAUGCUAUGCGUACUUUUAUAGACAGGCUCAAAGGUUUCCUGUUAAACAGUGUAGUGUUGAGACCUUUCUGUCUAAUCACAAGGAGUGUUGAUGAUGUAACUACUGCUAUUUCACUAUUAUUUAAGAAAUAUUGUGAACCGCUAGAUGAUUCGGGGAUUACUCCCAAUGAAGAUAUAAAGAGAAAACUACUUGAUGCCUCGCCCUUUGAUUCAAUUGGAGGAUUUGGCAAUCGGAAAAGAAAGAGAAAGAGCUCUGAGAAAUCAAUGGAGAAGAAGGAAAGUAAAGAUCAAGAAUCACUAAUGAAAGUGCCCGGAACUUUCCCAUUAGAAAGGCUUUUAGCAUUAUUUCAGUGUAUCUCUUUUGUUGCAGAAUAUUCACCCGAUGAUGAAAUACUACAAAUUGAUGUACUAGGAACCGAUGGUUGGGAUAGUGGAAUGAUGGCUGAUGUUCUCCUGCAAUUAUCUAGUCUAUGUAGUGCUAAUUUCAUCACCAAAUGA